AUGGCCACCAGUCGUAAUUACCCCACAUGGAUGAAGGCGCCGCUCGCCUUCCUAUCACGGCAUGUCCGCUCGGUGUAUGCAGAUAAGCUUGCCUCUUUAAAAGAGUGUGUGACUCCAAAACUCUUGAGUACAACCAUGUGUAUCUUGUUCACGACAACAGAACAUCCAGAUUAUCCGUUCAUUCUCUUGUCCAAUAGAGACGAGUUUUUUGCUCGUAAGACAGAACUUGCUCGGCUUCGAACCCUGGCAAAUGGCACCCAAGUAGUGAGUCCUCUCGAUCUAGGCAGGCCAGAACAUGGCUCUUGGAUAGGAAUCACUCCACAAGGGAAAGUAGCCGUUCUACUCAACUUUAGAGAGCGCAGCCAGUACUUGAGUGAAAUAUCCAGAGGACUUUUACCACUUGAGUAUUUAACAUCAAAACUUCUGGACUCUGAAUGGGUUUCCACUCUCGAAGACCGUUUGUCCCAAAAUUCUGUUGGUGGAAAACCUGUGACCUUGGAGAACGUCGGAGGGUUCUCUUUGGUGUAUGGAAAACUCGAAGUUGAUCCUGAAACAGGCAGAAUAAAGCCCCUUAAUAUUAUGAGCAAUCGCGGAGACUCUGGUCGGCUUCAUUCGACCAUAGUAGAUGGUGAUGACUUACACAAAGAGAUUGCAGCACAGGAAACAUUUGGGCUCUCUAACUCGUUAUAUUACGUGCCAUGGAAGAAAGUUGAACUUGGUACUUCAUUGGUAUCUUCCAUGGUUGCAUCAUCUAUACAACAUCAUUAUUCGCUUGAUGAGAUUGUCGAAUCUUGUUUUGAGAUCCUCUCCACCGACACAUACGACUCUGAAAUAAGGAAAAAAGGCACAUUCCCUGAAGAACUAGAGGAAUUGAGAAACUCCAUUUUUAUCCCGCCCUUGGAAUCACAUUACGAUCUUCUGAAAAUGCCACCUACUAUAGGCAAAUACUACGGCACGAGAACACAAACGGUGAUUGUGCUUCAUAAGUCGGGAUCAUUGCAUUAUUACGAGAAAGAUCUCCAUACUGAUGACAGCGAAAUGGUCAAGGUCAGAUCUCACCACUUCAAAUUCGACACGACCGUUUACGACUAG